CCAAGAUAAGGUUAUAUUAUUGCGCCAAAAACCGAGACUUAUGCAGAAAUGGAGUCUCUGUGUUCAGUUCUCUUACCAACGACGGUGAAAUUCUCUUACCCAAACCUUACUUCAACGGCUACUGUUGCCUCUUUCUCAAUCAAGAACGUGGCCUCCGGCCAGCGAAGAGCAGCAGCUACUGUAAAAUCCUCUGAAAACCCAGCUAAAACCAUCUCUCCAGCUCAACCAGCAAACCCAGUUUCUAGUUCAAAGAGUACAAGCACUGCUGCUUCUUUGCCUCCCAAGAAGGUUCUGGUUCCGAUUGGGUUUGGGACUGAAGAAAUGGAGGCUGUGAUUAUGGUGGAUGUUCUGCGCCGAGCUGGUGCUGAUGUCAUUGUGGCCUCGGUGGAGCCGCAGCUCCAAAUUGAAGCUUCUUGUGGGACUAAGUUGGUUGCUGAUACCUCCAUUUCCUCCUGUUCUGAUCAAAUUUUUGAUCUUGUGGCUUUACCGGGAGGAAUGCCUGGUUCGGUGAGAUUAAGAGACUGCGAAGUUCUUCAGAAAAUUACAAGGCAACAGGCUGAGGCAAGGAGGUUAUAUGGAGCUAUAUGUGCUGCUCCAGCAGUAACACUUCUACCGUGGGGUCUUCUAAGGAGAAAGCAGACAACUUGCCACCCUGCAUUCUUCGACAAGCUACCAACCUUCUGGGCAGUCAAAUCAAACAUUCAAGUUUCUGGAGUACUCACAACAAGCCGUGGCCCUGGAACUUGUUUUGUUUUUGCCCUGUGCCUAGUGGAACAGCUAUUUGGGGAAUCUGUCGCCAAGGAAAUUGGAGAGUUGCUGUUGGUGGGUCCUGCUGAUGAUGAAUCUAGAAAGGAGGAGUUCAACAAAGUUGAAUGGUCUUUUGAUCACAUCCCUCGAAUUCUCAUUCCAGUUGCAAAUGGUUCUGAAGAGAUUGAAGUAGUGACUAUUGUAGAUAUUCUGCGGAGAGCAAAGGUGGACAUAACUGUUGCUUCAGUUGAAAAAUCUGUGCAGAUUUUGGCAUCUCAAGGCACCAAAAUCAUAGCUGACAAGUUAAUUGGUGUUGCUGCCAAGUCAACAUAUGAUUUAAUCAUUCUUCCGGGAGGAAAUGGUGGGGCUGAGCGGCUGAGCAAAUCUAGAAUUCUAAAGAGUCUCCUCAAAGAACAAGAACUAGCCGGAAGAAUAUAUGGAGCAGUCUGUUCCUCAUCAGGAAUUCUACUUAAGCAGGGCUUACUGAAGGGUAAGAAAGCCACUGCCCAUCCUUCCAUUGCGAGCAAACCUACAGAUGAGUUGGUGAACAACACCAAAGUAGUAAUUGAUGGUAACCUGAUCACAAGCAGGGGACUUGCUACUGUUGCAGAAUUUGCAUUGGCUAUUGUGAGCAAACUAUAUGGUCAUGCGAGGGCAAGAAGUGUUGCAGAAGGCCUUGUUUAUGAGUACCCGAAAACUUAGAUUGAUCUAGCGUGAAAAUCUAGUGAAUCAAAUGCAACUUUUUAUCAGCACUUGGACAUGAAGAGUAUGUAGUCUGCCAAACUCACAUUAGCCAAUGGAAAGAGUUCAUACCAAGUGAUUGGAAAAUGGCUUUUUGAGAUAGUUGAGUUUGUUGACCAUGCAUUUCUGGAGUGCGUUUUCCCUUAAUAGAGGUGUUCAUACCAGUGCUGAUUAACUGAUGAUACACCUUCUGUGAUCAGUCAAAGAACUUCACAUCUUUAAUAUUUGCAGAGACGACAAACAUUCGUGAAUUGAUGUAAAAGAGAGUGGCAAGGCCUGUAUACUUUGUAGCAGAGUUUUGUUCUUGGGAGUGUUUUCAGCUACUUUGUUUAAUCCUCAAUUUUGUUGUCUUCAUUACUUCAUAGGAUAGUUAGGCUGGUUGUAAUCUGUAAAUGUUGGGAAAUUGGAAUGAAAAGUUGAAGAGGAAUUUAAAUGC